AUGUGUCAAACAAAGAGGAUAUGUGCACAAAAUCAAUCUGCAAAUACAAACUCUAUCGAAAGUGCUGUCAAAGCUGCCACUGAAAAAUCUCAGAUUUUUCUAUCAUUCACAAUCAACCGAUGCAUAACGAAAACUUUUAUUAGAACGAGAACAUCGAACAAAAUUAUACAAGGAAGUACCCAGGUCAACAAAUCCGAUCGGAUUCCUGGAAACGGAAUUGCAUUGGAAUCCGACUGGAAAAACUCCGUCGGUUAUUGCAAAUUUCAUGAGCGAUCGUUUUAG